AUGUGUGGCUGCGCUGUGGCAAGGUUGGAUGGACAAUGGCGACUCUCAAGCUAUGUGGAAGAUGCAAGUCUGCUGCUUAUUGUAGUCAAGAAUGUCAGGUACUGGAUUACAAAAUUCACAAGGAAAGUUGCAAGUACGUUUCAGGCGAUUUCGGAGUACAAGGAAGCAUUGGAAGAAAACGUUGCACAAUUGCAACGGUACCACAUGGAUGACUCAAUGAGUAAUUUACUGGAUUUCUAUCGUUCCAAUCAUAUUGAAACUGGGAUGCCAUCCCCAGCGUUCUACUUGAUGAGGCGCAUGGCGGUGAUGGAUAGCUUGCGGGAAGAAUCUCGCUCUCAAAACCAUCUUGAGUUUAGAAUCAAUGAAGUCGCCUUGGCGGCCUAUUGGAACAUGGGAUCGAUAUAUGCAAACUAUCACCAAUGCAUAUUUACUUAA